CUCUAUAACCCAAACCAAAUGGCCCCUAUCAAAAAAGCCUUAUCAAACUUUUCAAACUUUCUACUUCAUGUCCUCUUCUUCUUUCUUCUUUCUAACAUUACUCUGCCAGUAGAAGAAACAUCUGAUAAAAUCUUCCAAAUAUUCCAUGUUUUCUCUGCUCCUUCUGAAUUGUCCAUAGAGUUUUCAAGAAUAUGAUCAGUUUCUUCAGAAGAAAAGUACCUCUUAAUAUAGUCUUUUGGAUGGCUAUUAUAUUAAUCACUAUUUUUGGUCAUUGUCAUGGUUCAAGAAGCAGCUCUCAAGUAUUUAACCCAAGUAGCCAAAGAAAUUCUCAUCAAUAUGGCCAUUUUUGGAACUUAUUGCCAAAGAGAAUUCCAAUACCAGCUUCUGGUCCAUCAAGAAAACACAAUGAUAUUGGUCUUAAGAGUACUUGGAGAUUACCCUGAUCAAAGCCAGUUUAUAUUUUCGAUUCGCCGAAAUCAAAUACUACUUGGGUUUUUUCUUUCUUUUGAUCGUGGGAGGCUACUAAUUAAUCUUCUUCUUUUUGGAUGAACACUGUAUAUUUUGGGUUUCAAGACUUUUUUUUUUUCUUUUUCUUUUUCUUUCUUGACUUUGAUGAUAUAACAAGGAUUGUAUUAGGUUGAUUUAGCUUCUUUUGGUUAUGGUGACAAGAAGGGAAGUGAAAAGAUGAAGAGGCUGAUAUAUGGUUAAUUAUUGCCUUAAUUCAAGAACAAUUUUUUGGUGUU